CCUCUCUCUCCCCUCUCACAGGCCCACUCAGACGCGGGCACCCCGAGCCAAGCGCGCGCAGACGCAGCCACCAUGCCGGGCCACCGAACCCCCGCCGCCGCGUCCCUCGGCGGUGCCAUCUCCCGCCGCCACGCGGAGUUACUCCUCCGAAGUGGCGGCGGCAGCGUCUCUGUCAAGGACCUCCGCCUCCGCCGCGUCGUCCCGCCCGCCUCCGCCUCCCUCGAGUCCUCCCCGGAAUGCGCCGCCGCCGCAGCCGCGAAGCCCGGAUCUGUCGAGAGCCCACCACCGGAGGCCGCGACGGCCGAUGAACUGGAGCGGAAGCCGGUGCUCCCGCGGUCCAAGCUUGUGCGCGACCCGGGCUCGUUCGGGUACCGGAGGCUGCUGCCUUUCCUCAACCAGAUGGCCAAGAACGAUGGGAAGGGCAUGCCUUCGGAAAACACUGCUGCCAGCUCAGCAAAAGAGCUCAACAGAUUUCAUCUUGGGUUGGUUGACGAAUCCGCGAGUGGGAGUCACCGCGAAUCUGAUCCUGUGGAGUCUGUAGAGCCAGUGGUGGUGAAGACUGGAGGAGACCCCGAGAUGAAGGAUGGUUGUAACAAUGUCAGAGAGGAGACCAAUACUGCCCCUCAUGACCUUGCAAGCAGCAAGGCGUGGCUUAUCCGGUGCACGAGAUCAAGGUUCGUUCAUCACCCGAGCUCAUUCAGCUACAAGAGGAUGCUGCCAUUUCUCAUGGAGAAUGAAAUCUAUUCUCAGGAAGGUGAAAGGGUCAAAAUUCGCAGAGUCGCAGAGGAAAGGCAAGUAACAUCAGAUGAGGAUGGCCUCUCGGCCAGUGGAGAGUAUCGUCUUGCUGCCUCAGAAGACUCUUCUAAGGAAUGCAACAGAGCUCAAAAUGAAAUAAUGGAAGGAAGAAAUCCAUCAGAAGCAGAUGGAAAUGUUCUUUAUGGCAGACUGCUUCAGCCUGCUAUUCCAAAAGCCUCUCCUCCAGAACGCAGUGCUACUGAAGUGCAAAAUGUCACGCAACUAGAAGGUUUAACUUCAAAUCAAGACCCACUGAUUUCUUAUGAGUGCGAAUCAACAUCAGAUGGGGAUGAUACCCUGGCCGAUGGACAGCGUCAGCUUGCUGCCUCAGAAGACUCUUCUGAGGAAUGCAACAGAGAUGAAGUGAAAAUAAGGGUACAAGAUAAAGCAGAUGGGGAUUUUGUUCUUGAUGGAAGAAAGCUUCAGCCUGCUGUUUCAGAAGUCUCUCCUCUGGAAGACAGCACAACUCUAGUGCAAAAGGCCGCACAAGCACAACCAUUAACUCCAGAUGGAAUCGAGGAAAACUCAUUAACAUCAGACAAGGGUGAACUUCUUGCCAAAGAGCAGCUUCAGCUCUCUGUCACAAAAGAGUUGUUAACUGCACAACAGCACGACAGUACUGAAUUCACUGAAGUACAGCAACAGUGCCAGAGCUCAGAGUCGGGAUGUCCUGAUGUUGGUUUUGGUAGUCCUACCAAGGCAGUGAUAUCAUUGUUGCUUCGGAAUUGUGCACUAGAGCAUCCGGAUGCUGUGGCUUCUCUUGAUAAUGAUCCACUUCAAAUGAUCUGCAGGCCUUCUGAUCCUUGCACUAUUGACAAAUCCUUAUCAGUGGAGGAAAUGUCUGGUUGUGUUCAGCUCACCGAAUCAGGAUCGAGCAAAGCAGGUAUACUGCAGCCAAGAAUUGCCCAUUCUACGGAAAAAAGAGGUCUUUCUCCUAAGAAGCUUUCUCCAAGGAAAGGAAUACUUAAGAGGCAUACAAGGGGGUGCAAGGGCAUUUGCGCGUGCUUGGACUGCAGCACAUUUCGUCUACGUGCUGACCGAGCUUUUGAGUUCUCUAGGAAGCAGAUGCAAGAAGCAGACGAUAUAAUCGGUAACUUACUGAACGAGGUGGCAAAUCUUAGGAGUCUGGUGGAGAAGCCUACUGGCCAACGGGAGUCGACACAAUCAGCUUGCAGACGGGCCUCUCAGGUGGAGGAGGUGGCCAGAGACCGUUGCCGGCAGAUGUUCCUGGAUCUCAACUCCCACUGCAGAAUCCCUGGACCGAGGGUCAAAUUCGAGCAAUAUGUCGAAGAAAAGAUGGCCGCGUCUCCUGACAGCAGGAAUCAGAGGUGACUAAACUUAUUGAAGAUGGUGGAGACCUGACUUUUGGACCGUCAGCCUGUUGUGCAGCACACAUUUUGUGCGUACUCCAAUCUGGCGAAUGCGAUGCAGCGCUGGAUUAACAUAAUUUAUAAGCAAGCAAUAGGGAGGGUGGAUGUGCUAGAUACAGAAGGAAGAUCUGGAAUGUUGGGAUGUAAAUGGAAGUUUCUGUAACUGAAUCAUCUCCAUUUGCAAUGGUGAUGAAAUGAUGAUGGCAUCGGUUUGAGGAGUGAGGCUUCCGUUGGUUCCAUCCAUGAUCCUGCUAGAGACUAGCUUUAGUUGAGGAUCUUCGCUUGGCCGGUGUGGUUCGUUUUGAUCAAGUGUUGGGUGGUUUGAACAUC